CAUCUUGUUUUUGCUUUAUACAAAAUAUAAUUCAAAAUUUUUGAGUAUCAAUAAAAUUAAAUAAAACAUAAUCAGUUUAUUAUAAUCAUUCUUGUAUGAUCAUAACAUGCUAUUUAGUUUGACGUAAUAAAUAUAUUAGAUGCCACAUAACUGUUUGCCUCUAUGAUCAUCUAGCCUUUUCCCAUCACAUGCCAUUAAUGGACCUAUGUGGUGCUGAUAGCAACGUACAACCAUGACAUUUCAUGAGAGGAUCUUAACACAACUAAAACAUAAACUUGCUCUUGUGAAUUUUGUAAUCUCAUAUAAGUUAACAUUUUGGACCUAUAUAUAGCUCCUUUUUUCUCUUCUUGCCACAUUUAUACACAUAAAAUUAGCUCAUUUCCAUUGAUCGGUCCCCAAGUUUUCAAUGAUUGGUCAAUUUUUUCUCCCUUUUGAUAAGUAAUAUUGUGGUCCAAUAAGACAAGUGAAUAGGGUCCAUUUAGGGCUAGCGUACGUGGUAUAUCGCAUGUUCACUAUCACUUAUGAACGCAUGCAAGUGAAAUUACAUGCCAAAACCUAAAUAUACACAUGUAUAUGUAUUUUUUUUGUGAAUGACCCAAUAUGUUAUUUUGAUCACAUAUUUUUUCAAAAAUUGUUUGUUUUCUAUCAUUAUGCCCAAAGAAUGUUUGGUAUCUGUUUUUUAAGGUCCUUUUUGUUAAUGUGUUUAUUCUUUAUACAAUUUGAGAAUUUAAUAAAGUAAUUAUGACCAUGUCAUAUAAAAUAAAGUAAUUAUGACAUGGUGGAUAAUCAUUAAAUAAUUGAACAAAUGGUUAUAAACUACUUGGAAAUAAAUGAAGGAAGGAAGUUACAUCUUUAUCAUAAAGCUGUAAUGCCUCGGUGUGAUUGAACAGCCAAAGAUAAGGAAAGAGUACAGUGGUCAUUGGUCAACGUCAGCUUCCCUUAAAUCGCAAAGUGCGAUUAGUACACUUAUAAUGAUCACUAGUCCUUUUAACAGUUUCAUAGUUAGCCUUUGACAAAAAAAAAAAAAAACAGUUUCAUAGUUAGCAAACGUAAUUACAAAAAGAACGUACAAAGUGGACUAGUGGAUCAUGCCCAUUUUCAUAUUUAUAGGCCCUUAAUUAGCCGACAACAUUUAGGCCCAAAUAAUGAUGAAGCCCAAUUUAAAAUUGGAUAAUUUGGAAUACACGUGUAAGUGAAGAUAACCAGCAAUCUCAACCGACAUUGUUUAUAAAUCAAACCGGAUAUGAACCAAAUGCUUUGCUAGGUUUGUUGUGUCGAAUGUUUUUGACUUUUGACCAAUCUGAUUAUGGAUUGAAGAAUGUUAAAUAAAAGAAAUAGAAAAGAUUUUACAUUUUUUCUUAUUUAUAAAGCUAGCAAAUCAAGCCUAAAGCAAACCAGGGAAGUGGAGAAAUAUGAACUUAAUAUAUCUUUGCUAAAUCAAAUUGGUUAUAAAAUUAGUUUUAGAAGUAAUUCAGAGAAUCAAGUCCAGAUUAUAUGACAGGUAUGGUCAGAACAAGUCUGGACAGGCAGGGAGAUGUGUACUACUAACAAAUCCAAAAGUACGGGACUCAAUUAUUAAAGAAUCAAAUAAUUGAGUUUUAAAUCUUGGUAACUAUUUUUUAUUGGAAAGUCCACAAAAACAAUAUUCGGUCUUACUUAGCAUUAUCUAUUACAAUAUUUACUCGUAAAUUAAGCUUAUGACAGCUCAAGCUCGACACUGACAGUCUCUAAAUUACAUUAAACAAUACAAUCCCCAAAAGAAUAUACAAACUACAAUCAUGAAUUGCACGAAAUGUCUGAAGAAUUGCACGAAAUGUAUGAAGAAAAAGUCUCACCAAAUAAAUUAUGUGUCUUUGAAAAUAUCCUACACGUAAAUUUGUGUAUUUAUACCUAUACGAGAAAGCAUAUCAAAUAUACAGUUGCAACAAUCUUAUACAAAAAAAAUCAGAAUUAUUAUCCUCUACCUUAAAAGAUAUCGAUCAGCUAUCAUGGAAGAUGGCUCGUCCUGUAAGAAAAACAAACCGCCUUCAUGGGGAAAACUCGUAACAAUCCUCAGCCUCGACGGCGGCGGGGUUCGAGGAAUCAUUGCCGGAGUCAUCCUUGCUUAUCUAGAAAAACAACUUCAGGAGAUCGAUGGAGAAGACGUGAGACUAGCUGAUUAUUUCGACGUGGUAUCAGGGACUAGUACCGGUGGUCUCAUGACUGCCAUGUUAACUGUACCGGGCAAGAAUGGACGGCCUCAAUUAGCGGCCAAGGACAUUGUUCCUUUUUACCUUGAACAUUGUCCCAAAAUAUUUCCACAGCCCGAAGGCUUGGCUGCUCUGUUACCUAAGCUUCCAAAGCUUCUGUCUGGUCCAAAGUACAGCGGAAAGUAUCUACGUAAGCUACUAAGUAAGCUUCUUGGAGAGACAAAACUUCACCAGACAGUCACAAAUGUUGUCAUCCCUACCUUCGACAUGAAGAAACUCCAACCCACCAUCUUCUCCUCUUACCAGGCAUUGGUUGACCCUAGCUUGGAUGUCAAGAUAUCAGACAUAUGUCUUGGCACAUCGGCUGCUCCCACUUUCUUUCCUCCUCAUUACUUUUCUAAUGAAGAUAGUCAAGGCAAGACGACUGAGUUUAACCUCGUUGAUGGCGCGGUCACGGCUAAUAACCCGACUUUGGUGGCCAUGACUGCUGUUACUAAGCAGAUUCUGAAGAACAAUCCUGAUAUGGGUAAGCUUAAGCCACUAGGUUACGAUAAGUUCCUUGUUAUAUCGAUAGGGACAGGGUCUUCAAAAAACGAGGAGAAGUAUAGUGCAAAAAAGGCAGCAAAAUGGGGAAUCAUAUCCUGGUUAUAUAACGAUGGAUCUACUCCGAUAUUAGACAUGGUCUCGGAUUCAGGCCGUGACAUGAUCCAUUUCCAUAGCUCGGUUUUGUUCAAAGCCCUCCAAUCAGAGGACAAGUACCUCAGAAUCGACGAUGAUACACUGGAAGGAGAUGUAAGUUCGAUGGAUCUAGCAACAAAAUCUAACUUGGAGAAUCUUGUGAAGAUUGGAGAGAAGGUGCUGAAAAACAGAGUCAUGCAUAUGAAUAUCGACACUGGUGUCUAUGAACCCAUUACUGAAAAUAUCACCAAUGAGGAAGAACUCAAAAGAUUUGCGAAAAUUCUAUCUGAUGAAAGAAGAUUAAGGAGAAUGAGAAGCCAAACAAUGGUUCAAGAUCCAUCAAACUGAUCCUAAUGAAUAAUAUGUGGAAGACAGAGAUAUAUGAAAAUGAUCUUUGUGUGUGUGUGAUACUCGGCUAUCUUUUGUGUGUGAUUACUCGGCCAUCUUUUGUGUGAUUACUCGGCCAUCUCUCUUAACAAAGAUCUAUGAAUAAUGUGAUUUUUUUUAAUUGAACAUUUUUUUGUACU